AUGGCGGGGCACGACGGCGACGUGGCCGUGAUGGCGGUGGCGGAGGAUGAGGCAAGGAGGAGGAGGAGGAGGCAGGCGGAGCGGGUGGCGCUGCCGGCCGGCAUGGUGCUGGUGCAGGUGCUCACGGUGGUGACCAUGCUGCUCUCCAAGGUGGCUCUCAACAGCGGCAUGCACCCGCUCGUCCUGCUCGUCUACCGGAACCUCUUCCCCGCCGCCUUUGUCGCCCCCCUCGCCGUCGUCUUCGAGAGGGAGAUGUGGAAGAAGGUGAACCUGCGAGUGCUGGGCUGGAUUUCCCUCAACGCAACGCUCGGAGUGCUGCUGGCGAUGGGGCUGUACUACUGCGGCCUGCGGGCCACCAGCGCCGCCUACGCCGUCAACUUCCUCAACCUCAUCCCCAUCGCUACCUUCAUCAUCGCCGUUGCGCUCCGAGCCGAGCGCCUCUCCCUCGUCGCUUGGGCCAGUAGGAUGAAGCUCCUCGGAGCUGUCAUGGGCGUGGCCGGCACCAUGGUCGUCACCCUCUGCAAGGGCACCCAUCUCCUGCUGCCGCACCUCCGGCAGUCCUCCCACGCCAACCCCGACGUCGCCUCGCCCCACGGCGGCCGCGACAUGGCCGUCGGCACGCUGUUCCUAUGCGGGAGCUGCGUCAGCUACGCGCUCUGGUUCGUCGUGCAGGCCAAGGUCGCCAAGGUGUUCCCGUCCCGGUACUGGGCCACGGCGCUCACGUGCGCCGCGGGCAGCCUGCAGUCUGCCGUGGCCGCGGCCAUGGCGGUCGUCCUCGCCCCCGCCGGCGACGGACAUGGAUGGGCGCGCACGUGGACGCUGCGCUGGGACCUGCAGCUGGCCACGGUGGUCUACUCCGGGGUGUUCAACACGGGCGUCACGUUCGUGCUCGUGUCGUGGGCGGUGGAGCGCCGCGGCCCGGUGUACCCUCCCAUGUUCAACUCCCUGUCGCUCGUCGCCACCACCGCCGUCGACGCCGUCGUGCUCGGAACCGACGUCUACCUCGGCGGCGUGAUGGGAGCGGCGCUCGUCGUCGUCGGCCUCUAUGCGUUUCUGUGGGGCAAAAGCAAGGAGCUCGCGGCCGCCAAAGCGGUCAACGCCGAGCAGGAGCUGCGGUGUGCAGGAGACACCGACGAUGGCAUUGCCUAG